GCAUUAAAAACAGAAGAAAAAAUAGUUUUGCCGGAACUGGAAGAGCUUCUCUCCCUUGGGAACUGAGAUGAAGGAGGAGAUUGAAGGAACACCGACAACAACCCCCAAGCGAAAAGCCUCUGCUCUGGGGAGAUCGAUCGAUACAUAUGCUGCACAAUGUGAAAAGUGCCUCAAGUGGAGAGAGAUUGAUACCCAGGAAGAGUACGAGGAGAUCAGAAGUAGAAUCCCAGAAGACCCGUUUUCCUGUGAGAAGAAAAAGGGUGUAUCCUGUCAAGACCCAGCAGACCUCGACUAUGAUUCCUCCCGGACAUGGGUCAUCGACAAGCCUGGCUUACCAAAAACUCCUAAAGGUUUCAGGAGGAGUUUAGUCCUUAGGAAAGAUUACUCCAAGAUGGAUGCCUACUACAUAACUCUGACGGGGAAAAAGCUGAGGACUCGUAAUGAAAUUGCAGCAUUUCUUGAGGCCAACCCAGAAUACAAGGACGCACCCCUUGGAGACUUCAAUUUCACAGUCCCGAAGGUAAUGGAAGAUACGGUUCCUCCUGGGAUUAAGGCAGGCACUCCUGCGGAGAAGGGUUCCAAGCAAUCGAAGGAUAAUGAUUCAACAAGUGUCAUAUCCCAUCAGCGGUGAUCCAUGGAAGGAGUACCACCCUUCCCAAGCUACACUUGUGGGUUUUUUUUGGUACUGUGUUUCCUAUUUCGGGGAUGUAGCUUUGUUUGGUGGAUGGAUACUCAAUGAACGGUGAAGCAUGUGCGACUUAUGAAGCUUUAAAGCUCAUUUGUGGGGUGUUUCGGCUGUUUAUAAAUGGUAGGAUGAAUGCUUUGAAGAGAACAUUCACCGUUCUUCAA